AAUCACGAUUUGACCACUAUGGGUAAGCGUGGACGAAAGAGCUACUGUCUCCAACAGGUACCCGUUCUGACGUCACUGGUCUGUGACCGGCCUUAUUAGACGAGUCACUUUUCAAAUCGAUCACUUUUUCAUAAACGACAGGACGAACUGAACCUUUUUAUUUCAAGAGACUACAUCGGUAUUGGGACAUGUGGCGGCUGGCUGUAUUCUGCCUCGGGGUUGGUCUGUUGGCCCAGGCCUACUCUGUUGAAUCCGAGGGAUCUGACAAGGAACUCCUCCAGAGAUUACUCCGGGUGCUUACUGAGAAGGCUAGUGAGGACGCACUCAGAGAAAUCACGCAUCAGUUUGAGGAACGUGGCAGUGGAAAUAACAAAGGCGGCGAUAACGAUGACAACGCUGAGAAUGACGAUGACGCAGAUCUCGUACGUUUACUGGAAACAGUGCAGAGAAUAUGUACUGAGGCUGAUUUCGAUGGUGUUCCCGUAUCGGUAAAACAAACACUGGAGGAUAUUUGUUCCGUCCUCGACGAUGAGGACAAUGAGGGUGAGGAUGAAGAGACGAAAUCACCAAAAGACGGAAUGGAAACAAGGGGUAAAACAAACCCAUCUAAACCAAAACCAACUGGAGGACCCAAGCCAACUGGAGGACCAAAACCAACUGGAGGACCCAAGCCAACUGAAGGACCAAAACCAACUGGAGGGCCGAAGCCAUCUGGAGGACCUAAGCCAUCUGGAGAAUCCAAACGAAGAGGAAAAGUUGGCGGUAUGGAAAAAAGUCCAACUGGAGGACCAAGACCAACUGGAGGACCAAGACCAAGUAGAGGCCCAAGACCAACUGGAGGACCAAGACCAAGUAGAGGACCAAGACCAGCUAGAGGACCCAGACCGACGGGAGGACCAAGACCAAGUAGAGGCCCAAAACCAACCGGAGGACCAAGACCAAGUAGAGGCCCAAGACCGACGGGAGGACCAAGACCAAGUAGAGGCCCAAGACCAACCGGAGGACCAAAACCAAGUAGAGGACCCAGACCAGCUAGAGGACCAAGACCGACGGGAGGACCAAGACCAACUGGAGGACCCCGACCAACUGGUAGACCAAGACCAACUGGAGGACCCAGACCGACUGGAAGACCAAUAGGCAGAAAAGUCAAAUUCUAUAUCAGUGUGUUGAAGAAAAUUAAUCAAGCGUGUUCUGAAAAUGAUGACACCUCAAUAGACGCCCUUCUCCAGGCUAUCUGCGAAGUUCUAAACUGAUGCAUGUCGCCAAGACAUUUUUAUAAAUAACAGGCACUUCAAUAUAAUAUAACACUAGACAUAUUAUAAAAGGUACUUAUUAUCGCAAGCCAACUUAACAUUUAAUCACGGAAAAAGUUGAUAUGUUUAAAUGUAUGAUGAAUCUUAUAAGGUAUCUUGUGUAAAAAAAAAAUGAAAUACAGUAUGAACAUUUCUGCUGAAAUAAAUAUUACGCUGG